AUGCCUACUAUCUCGGUCGACAAGGCCGCCCUCUUCAAGGAGCUGGGCCGAGAGUAUACUACGGAGGAGUUUGACGAGUUAUGCUUCGAGUUCGGCAUUGAGCUCGAUGAAGACACAACAAACUCAGAGCGGCCGAUCGUGGAUGGAAAGCAAGAGCCUCCCCAGCUCAAGAUCGAGAUUCCGGCGAAUCGAUAUGACCUCCUUUGUUUCGAGGGCAUCUCUCUGAUGCUCAACAUCUUCCUGGGUCGGAAAUCGCUGCCAAAUUACCGACUGGUGCCUCCUCAAGGAGAACUGGAGACUAUCAUUGUGAAGGAAGAUACUGCCAGGAUCAGACCAUAUGUUUCGGGGGCUAUUCUUAGAAAUGUCACUUUUGACCAGGCGCGAUACGACUCGUUCAUCGCAUUGCAAGACAAGCUCCACCAGAACCUUGCCCGGCAGAGGACGUUAGUGUCCAUUGGCACUCAUGACCUGGACACUAUUAAAGGACCGUUCACUUAUGAGGCACUUCCUCCCAAGGACAUCCGCUUCGUGCCUUUGAAUCAGACGAAGGAAAUGGAUGGCGAAGAGUUGAUGACCUUCUACGAGAAAGACAAGCAUCUGGGGCGAUAUCUCCAUAUCAUUCGAGACUCACCGGUCUACCCGGUCAUUUACGACUCGAGACGUGUUGUGUGCUCGUUGCCACCGAUUAUCAACGGCAACCAUUCAAAAAUUACGCUCAACACUAAGAACGUGUUCAUUGAGAUCACUGCUCUUGACAAGACGAAACUGGAGAUUGUGAACAAAAUUAUGGUCACUAUGUUUUCUCAGUAUACUGCCGAGCCGUUCACGAUUGUUUCGGAACACAACAAUGAGACCAGAGUGGUGCCGGAUCUUUCACCGCGGACUACCCAGGCCGAGGUCUCUUAUAUUAACCAAUGUUGUGGUCUGAAUCUCUCGCCCGAGGAGAUUUGUCGACUAUUGAAGAGGAUGGCUUACAAUGCCAAACCUUCAAAUGAAUCUCCUAAUCUGAUCGACGUCGACGUUCCCCCGACCCGGGCGGACGUCCUUCAUCAAGCGGAUAUCAUGGAGGACGUUGCUAUCGCGUACGGUUUCAACGAACUCCCGCGGUCCUUCCCCAGCAAGUCGGGGACCAUUGCUCAACCGCUGCCGGUCAACAAGCUCAGCGAUAUCAUCCGAACGGAGGCUGCUAUGGCUGGUUGGUCCGAGGUGUUACCGCUGAUCCUGUGUUCCCAUGACGAAAACUUUGCUUGGCUCAACCGCAAGGACGAUGGGCAAGCUGUUAAACUGGCCAACCCGAAGACGCUUGAAUUCCAAGUGGUCCGCACCAGCCUCUUGCCUGGUUUGCUGAAGACGAUCAGGGAGAACAAGCAUCACACUGUUCCGAUCAAGGUUUUCGAGGUCAGCGACGUAGCGUUCAAGGACCUGUCCUUGGAGCGCAAGAGUCGUAACGAGAGACACUUCGCAGCCGCCUGGUACGGCAAGACAAGCGGGUUCGAGGUUGUCCACGGGCUCCUCGACCGUAUCAUGGCCAUGCUGAAGUGCACCUUUGUCACUGGCGAGAAGAACCUUGACAACCCGGCCGUGGCUAACUCGCACUACUGGAUUGAGGAACUUGACGAUCCAACCUAUCUCCCUGGCCACGCUGCGUCGAUCCACGUGCGCAUCGGGGGUAAGGAGCACGUCAUCGGCGCCCUUGGGAUCCUGCAUCCGAGCGUGUUGGAGAAGUAUGACCUCAAAUACCCCGUCAGCACGCUUGAGAUGAACAUUGAAGUUUUCUUACCAAAGAAAAAAAAUGAAAGCGCAAUGAGAAAUGAUAGAUCAAAUUCUAAGUGA